CGUUUGUGGAACUCAAAUUAAAAAUAUGUGAUCAUGAGCAGUCUCCAAAGACCUCUUAUUUUCUGGUCCGCGUGCUCAAAUAGAGUGGGGCCACUCCAACAGCAUUUCACUUUACAAGCAACAUAUUCUCAAAGCGAACAGACUAGGCGUCUUCUCUGAUGUAAAGGUUCCACCACGGUUCCAUUGAUGAUCUGCUGCCCAGCUCACAUUUUUCUUAAUGAUCUUUUUAACAGCUUGGAAGUAACAGUGGGCGUCGGUCGCACUGUGCGUCUACGCUGAGAUGUGACUUUGGAGGAGGCUGGAGGGGCUUUGGCGGGUGUCGCUUGCAGUACCACGGACAGCGGCGCAGCCAGACGCGCCUUUUUCUCUCUCAAAUCGGCCCCCUUCCUUCUCUCUUUCCACCUUUUUCCUUCACUUGCACGUCCGGGAGCGCUCCGGAGGAUGUGCGCCGGCUCAGCGCUUCUCGUCCAUCCCGCUGGAAGCUCGCACAGGCUGUAAUCUACGAAAGAGCAGGAGAGGAGGACGCGCAAGAGGAUCCCGCCGAUGCUUUCAAUGGCCUCUGUCAGAAUGAAAACACUGGUGCUGUGAGAUCUGCCGCUGCUGCGUCUCACUGUGUUAUUCUCCAGAGACGGCAACAUCUAAAGCUGAUCUCACGCUGCCCAAAAAAGCAGAGUCAGGUCUUUGCUCUGCCCAGGGAUAUGUCAUUGGGGAACUCCCCAGUGUUGGGGGUGCACCCUGUGCCCCGACCCCUCUGGCUGUCCCAUGUCCUUUUCCUGGUCAUAUGUGUAACUCUCUUUGCCAAGGCUCCCCAAGGUUUGCCUGUGGUCGGUUAUAACACGGACUCCAAAAAGGAGAUCACGCUGGAAGGAGAUUUGAUGAUUGGCGGUCUCUUUCCCGUGCACCAGAAAGGCGAGGCCGCAGAAGAUUGCGGUAAGAUCAACGCUCAACGAGGAAUCCAGCGACUAGAGGCCAUGCUGCUUGCUCUGGAUGAAAUCAACAGGGAUGAGCGCAUUUUGCCGGGAAUUCGUUUAGGAGCUCAUAUACUGGACACGUGCUCCAAGGACACUUACGCUCUUGAGCAGUCCCUCGAAUUUGUCAGGGCUUCACUCACUAAAGUAGAUGACAGUGAGUACACGUGCCCCGAUGGAUCCUAUGCCAUCCAUGAUGAAGUCCCAUUGGCCAUCUCUGGAGUUAUAGGAGGAUCUUACAGUGAUGUUUCUAUUCAGGUGGCCAACUUGUUGCGACUCUUUCAGAUUCCUCAAAUCAGUUAUGCCUCAACCAGUGCAAAACUCAGCGACAAAACUCGCUAUGACUACUUUGCCCGCACUGUACCCCCUGAUUUCUUCCAGGCCAAGGCUAUGGCUGAAAUUCUACGUUACUUCAACUGGACGUACGUAUCAACAGUGGCAUCCGAGGGUGAUUACGGCGAGACCGGUAUUGAUGCCUUUCAGCAGGAGGCCCGAGCACGCCACAUCUGCAUCGCCACUUCAGCCAAGGUGAGCCGUUCCAUGAGUCGGUGGAGCUAUGAGAACGUGAUCCGCUCUCUGCAGCAGAAGUCCAAUGCCAAGGUGGUCAUCCUAUUUACUCGGAGCGAAGAUGCCCGUGAGCUUCUGGUAGCGGCCAACCGCAUGAACGUCACUUUCACUUGGGUUGCCAGCGACGGUUGGGGAGCGCAAGAGAGUGUGGUGAGGGGGAGUGAAGCUGUUGCAGAUGGCGCAUUCACUAUUGAACUUGCCUCCUAUCAGAUCCCCCAGUUCAAUGACUACUUCACGGCUCUCCAUCCGUACAACAAUACCAGGAAUCCUUGGUUUAGAGAGUUCUGGGAGAACCAGUUCCAGUGUAGCCUCCAUGAUUUAAGUUGCGGGAAGCAUUCUCUACGACAGGUUCCCUUUCAACCUGAAUCCAAAAUUAUGUUUGUGGUAAAUGCAGUUUAUGCAAUGGCCACUGCCUUACACAACAUGAGGCAGGCCUUGUGCCCAAACUCCACCAAGGUCUGUGAUGCUCUCAAACCCGGAAAUGGCAGGAAGUUUUACAGGGACUAUAUUCUCAAGACCAAGCUUGAGGCACCAUUUCGUCCACCAGAAACAGAUAACAUUGUCCGCUUUGACGCCUUUGGAGACAGCUUCGGCCGCUAUAACAUUUUCCACUAUCACAAAGAGGGUGAACGCUACAUCUAUCGCAAGGUUGGAUAUUGGGCUCAGAGCCUAAUCCUGAACACCAGCCUCAUCCCUUGGGCUGGCGCACCCACAUCUCAAUGUAGUGACCCCUGCAGGAAGAAUGAGGUGAAAAGUAUGCAACCUGGAGAUGUGUGCUGCUGGAUCUGCAUCCCAUGUCAGUCUUACCAGUACUUGCAAGAUGAGUUUACGUGCGCUGACUGCAGCUUUGGACAGUGGCCUUUAACGAAUCUGACAGGUUGCUAUGACCUACCUGAGGAGUACAUCCGUUGGGAAGAUGCCUGGGCCAUUGGACCUGUCACCAUUUCCUGUCUAGGGAUGAUGUGCACUCUAUUCGUCAUUGGCCUCUUCCUCAAACACAACGAGACACCCGUGGUGAAAGCCAGUGGACGUGAGCUCUCCUACAUUCUACUUCUGGGAGUGCUGAUGUGCUAUACAAUGACUUUCAUCUACAUCGCCAAACCCUCCACGGCAGUUUGUACACUACGCCGCCUGGGCUUAGGUACCUCCUUUGCCGUGUGCUACUCUGCCCUCCUGACUAAGACCAAUCGCAUUGCUCGGAUCUUCAACGGGGUUAAAGGUGGUGCCCAACGACCUCGAUUUAUCAGCCCGGCCUCACAGGUUGCCAUCUGUGGGGGUCUGAUCUCUUGCCAGCUGGUCGUGGUGGUGAUCUGGCUGAUUUUAGAAGCUCCUGGGGUGAGAAAAGAAGUGAGCCCAGAGAAGAGAGAUGUAGUCACCCUCAAGUGUAACAGCAAAGACUCCAGCAUGCUCAUGUCUCUCACCUAUAACUGCAUCCUCAUCAUCCUCUGCACGGUUUACGCCUUCAAGACCCGCAAGUGCCCAGAAAACUUCAAUGAAGCCAAGUUUAUUGGGUUCACCAUGUACACAACCUGCAUCAUCUGGCUGGCUUUUCAGCCUAUUUUCUAUGUGACGGCCAGUGACUACAGGGUGCAGACCACUACAAUGUGUAUCUCAGUCAGUCUAAGCGGGUCGGUUGUCCUGGGCUGCCUCUUUGCUCCAAAAGUCCACAUCAUUCUGUUCCAGCCACAGAAGAAUGUAAGCACUCUCAGAGUGGCUACCACCCGCUUCAGCGUCACCACUGGUCCAGGCUCAAGUUUUUCUCAAGCAUCAGCCUCCAACGUUGUUCCAACGGUGUGUAACGGGCGAGAGGUGGUGGACUCCACAACAUCUUCUUUGUGAAGAUCAGCUGAGUAGCUCUACCAAGUGUUGUCAAUACAAUUAUAUAACCACUAGUCCUCAAUCAGGUGUCUGCGAUAUUAAAGAGGACCAUUGUCCUGACUUUGUUGUCCUCAAAGUGCUGUGAGUACAAUGUCCCAAUUAUUUUCUUCUGUUCUUUGAUUCAAAGCAAUUGCAAAGUUUAAUAAUGCUAAUAAAAGGUUAUUACAGAGUAUUGCCCUCGUUUUUACGGAAACAAUGAUAGUGAAUCUGUUAAAUGUAUUAUAUACAGGAUGUUUUUUCAUGUAGAUUUUGGUGAAAAGUUUGUGCUUUCUUGUAAUUUAUGUAAAUAAAAAUGUGUUUUUUAUUCAGACCAGAGUUCACUUGACUUCUUUGGCUUUUUUCUCAAGACCUCUAUAAAAUAAAUACCUUCCAAUAUAUGAAAUAUAGGAAUUGGUAAUGUUGAAUUUGAUAAAUACAUCUGUGUCAUCCUUAUUCCACAAAAGUGAUAUUAACCAGAAUAAAAUCAAUGUUUUUACAAGCACAUACUGUACAAUGUGUUGUCUUAAAAAAAAAAGUUCCUCAAAUGGAGUGUAUAGAUUUCUUUAUUAUCCAGUGUCAUAAUCUGACUAAUUAUCGUAAAUUAUGGACUAUACAACAUUACUUUUUACUCCCACUUUAAACCCAACGGUUUAUAGUCCAGUGUGUCUAGUUCAUGUAUUUUUACAGGCUAAUAAGAUGCAUCUCUUUCAGUAUAAAUAUCCCAUAAUGCAAUGUAAACGCCUGAAUUUUAUAGUCCAGUGUGGCUAAUAUAUGACAGAUUACGGUACUGAUCCGAUCACCUUGACUAUUGUUGGAAAUCUUAAUAUUUUUGGCUAUCACAAUAAUUAAGUACAAUAUUUUUUCUACCAAAAUAUUCUAAUUGAAUAGAGAUUCUGCCAGUCAACAAGCUUCGACCCAAUGAUAAUACUUUGACACUAGUAUGCCUAUGUUACGUAAAUUCAGCUGAGGGAUGUGUUUGUUUGAUACGGAUCAGCUUCCUUCUUCUACUGAGACAGUGUUAUUAAGAAAAUGUAUUACCAUACUCUACUUUGGUAUCCAAAAAAAACUGCAGCAUGGAGUCAAUGCUGAGAAACAGCAAUAUGCCAGUAGAAUUUUAACACUGCCAUCUUGUGUUCAAAAUUUUAAAUAUGUUGUAAUUGUACACAUGAGGGAUUUGCUUUAUUGAGCAUAUUGCAUCUGCCACACAUUUGUUACUACCUAGAAUUACCCCCCCAUUAAAUGUAAACUCCGGACUGACUAUGACAACACACAGGGUACACUUGGAGAGAUUAUAUCAGUCAGACGUUUUAGUAUUAUUUAUGACUGACAGCAAAGUAUAU